AUGAUCCUGGUUACAGUAGAUGUUAACAAAAUAUUUUUAAAUAUGACAUGUACUGAAUGUACAUGUGCAGCUUUAACAGUUGGUGCAGUUGGAUGGAACUGUGUGACAAGUAAUAAUACAUGUCAAUUGAUAAGCAAUUAUUCAGCGAGUGAUUUUCAUUGGGAAAAAAUCACUAAUGGAUCUUUUCGCUUUACAACUUUUCCACCCGAACCAUCAACAACAACAUCAAUGUCAACGUCAACACCAACAACAUCAACAUCAACGUCAACAACAUCAUCAUCAACAACCACCACUGCUUUUACAUUUCAAUGGAAUUCUACAGGCAACACUGUAGCUGGUAGUGCGACAGGCAUACCGAACGCAACAGCAAGUCAACUGAACCAACCUUAUAUAUUGAAAUUCGAUUCAUCGAAUGCUCUUUAUAUUUCUGAUUCGAUAAAUAAUAGGAUUCAGCGAUGGAUCAUAGGCAAUUCAAAUGGUUCAACAAUUGCAGGCCUAGCAAGCGGAAUAUCAGGUUCGUCGUCUAAUACUCUGAAAUUACCAGUCGGCCUUGCACUCGAUUCACUUGAUAAUAUGUACGUAUCAGACAAAGGUAAUAAUAGGAUUAUGUAUUGGCAAAGUGGUGCAUCAUCUGGUACACUCGUUGCUGGAACAGGUUCUAUUGGAAAUGCGAAUAAUCAAUUCAAUGAGCCCAAUGUAAUUGAAUGCGAUCCAAGCACAGGCAGCACUGUCGUAGCUGGUGGAAAUGGAGCAGGAACUGGUUUAAAUCAAUUAUAUUCUCCAUACGGAUUUACUUUUGAUUCAUCCACAAACAGUUUAAUAAUUGCCAAUUAUCAUAAUCAUAAUGUUGUUCGUUGGGUGAUAGGUGCAAGUACUUGGACAAUUCUUGCUGGUAGUACUUCUGGAACAAGUGGCAGUUCAUCGAUACUACUAAAUCAGCCUGUAGGUGUAACAAUAGAUCGCUAUGGGAAUAUGUAUGUAGCGGAUUCAGGCAAUCAUCGCAUACAGUUUUAUCUCACUGGUCAAUCUAAUGGCACAACCAUAGCCGGGCGCACUGGCUUGUCUGGUACGCUUCCUACUUUGCUUUACAAACCUUAUUCCGUGAUACUGGACAGUCAAUUCAAUUUAUACGUUGCAGACACAUAUAAUAAUAGAGUACAACAGUUCUCGUACUACUCAAUAACAUGACUAGUAAAGAUCAACGUACUUUUCGAUUUUUAUGAACUACCUGUUGUACAAGAGACAAUAUAAAAUUACUGAAUCUAAUACCUUUAAUUGUUAUUCCACUUUCUCAAGCAUAAUAUUCAAUAAAGAAAAAGAUUAAAAAUUGAUUUCACUAGUAUUUUUACAGUAUCAAUUGACUCAACAAUUAAUCAAUUUUCUAUCAAAAUAUAGUAAGAAGAAUUAUUAUCAUGUCAAUAUCAGCAAUAAACAGUACAAUGUAGUUGAUCUUUUUUCAAAUACUCAUUAAUGAAUCAGAUAAAUUUUACAAAGAUUUCAGUAUUUAUUCAAAAUAACUUGUAGUUCGUCAGUAGAACUUGAUAUAGAAAUGAUGACACAUGUUUGCAUGAGAUGCUUCUUGAUUUUAAUGUUGCUAAUGAAUCUUCGUUAUUCAAUUAUUCUCUGUCCUGGAAAAUAGUAUAACGUUCCAAAAAAAAACU